AUGUCAACACCUACCACUUUAAACACACCCACCCCUAUUCCUGACGACGUUACUCCUCUUGCUACUGGAAUUAGCUGUGGGGUAGUCAAUUGCGAAGAUCCAGAACAAUGUUUUGCGACAUCAGAAGGUCCAAAAUGUGGUAUGAAGGGUAACUGGAGGUUAAACCCAAUGGUGUUUCCACCCAUAGAAUAUAGGGGAAGAAAAAUUGGUAAAAAGGAGGAUGAUCAAUGUGUGCUAUUUGAUUAUUCUUUGUGGACAAAUGAAAAUAUUAAUUGGUUAUUGACAUUUAUUUAUCAAAAUUGGGCUAGUGAUAAUUAUGAUAAUGUUAAUAUUAAUAAUAUUACACUUCCUUCGGGUAGCUUUGUUAGACCAUUAGAUUAUAUUGGUAGCUGUAAUGAAGUUUUACCAUUUGAAUUAGAAUCAUCGACUAAAAUAUUUUUACAACAAUUAUAUUGUGAUAAUGGACUGUGCAAGAAAAAAUUUAGUACAACCGACGAGAUUUGUUAUUCUUCAAAUCAAUGUUUAUCUCAAUUGUGCGGUGAUGCAACAGCGAUUCAACCAAUUGAUGGUAAUACGAUAUUCGAAGGAAAAACAUGUAUAUUCGAUAAUUUUGUAGCAUAUGAUCAACUAAAGGGGAAUAGAAAUUUAAAUGUAAUAAUAGAUAACCAUCAACGUAAAGAUCACAAGAAUAAAAGUAAGAGUAAAAGUUCGGAUUCAAUGGUCUUUGUGGUUAUAAUCCUAUUAAUAAUACUACUCGGUUUGAUAAUUUGUGGUUAUGCUCGUAGAUUAUUUAGAAAACAGGAAGAAAAUAGUGUUGAUAAUUAUUCACGGAGGGCAAUUGAUCCUGAAACUGGUGAAAUCACCACUUUAGGUGGAAGGGUAAGAAGAGGUGCUUCUAUCUUACUUAAUCGUGGUGGUUCUUUAAAUAGAUCAAAUAGCGUUAGAACUUUACCUCCAUAUUCUGUUGUGGCUGAAGUUCAUCCCGCUACUUCCAAUGUAAUGGUUACUUCAAUCUCUGAAUCAUUUUUCCCUCCUGGUGAAUUGCCUCCUCCCUAUGAUUCAGUUACAGGGAAUGGGAAUGCUAAUACGGGACGUGAUGUUACUACUUUAGAUGAGGUUAGAGAAGAUGCUAAUAAUGAUCACCCUCCCAAAGAAUUAAGUAUAAUUUCUGAAUUAUCCGAACAUACUCCUAGGCAAUCCAAUUCAGAAUCUAGACAAGAAGGGGAGAGUAGUGAUGCGGUGACUGCUUCUUUAACCGAAAAUCCAACAUGA